UACGCACGACGACGAUCUCCGCGUGCGCGCGCACGCAGAGUAUCGCAGAGCUAGCUAGCUAGCUAGAGUCGAGUGGUCAUGCUGCGGCGGUCACUGCUAGUUCUGUACGGCAGUCAGACAGGGACAGCAGAGGAUGUGGCGAGGAGAGUAGGGAGGGAGGCUCGUCGAAGACAUCUGAAGACCAUUGUUACUUGUAUGGAUGCUUACGACAAGUCCCAACUAGUGUUCCAGUCAGUGGUCGUGUUUGUUUGCUCCACCACUGGCCAAGGGGACGAGCCAGACAACAUGCGUCAGUUUUGGAGAUUCCUGCUGCAGAAAAGCCUCCCAAAGGACUCCCUUGCUAGUGUCCGGUUCAGCGUAAUGGGGCUAGGGGACUCAUCCUACCCCAAGUACAACUAUGUGGCCAAGAAACUUCACCGCAGGCUCUUGCAGUUAGGGAGCACUGCCUUGCUACCCCUGUCGCUAGGAGAUGAUCAACAUGACAUGGGGUGCGAUGCAGCAGUGGAUCCUUGGCUGGAGAACCUGUGGAGAGAGGUCCUGGCCCUCUACCCUCUUCCCCCAGGCCUGGAGCCUAUCCCUCACUCCACUCUUCUCACUCCCUACCUUCGACUGACCCCUGCAAGCACAGUGACCUCCUCAUCACAUCCUAUGUCUCCUUCCUCACUUCCACCUUCACGAGCACAUCCCUUCCGUGCACGUUUGGUGGCUAAUAAGAGGGUUACAUCACCGAAUCAUUUCCAGGAUGUUCGUCUGAUAACUCUUGACAUUUCUGCUGCAAAAAUCAGGUACAAGGCAGGAAAUGUUCUGAUGGUUCAGCCACAGAACUCACCCACUGCAGUGACCACUUUCCUCUCCCUCCUUUCCCUACAUCCUCGGCAAAUGGUCUCCGUGGAGACAUCUGACUCAAACCCUUUACCGGCAGCUCUGCAGGGCAGGUUUUCUCUACACCACCUUGCCACCCACUACCUUGACAUUAGCUCUGUUCCUCGGCGGUCUUUCUUCGACCUCCUCGCCCAGUUUGCCUCGUCUGAAAGAGAGAAGGAGCGACUACUUGAGUUCAGUUCAACUGAAGGCCAGGAAGACUACUAUUCCUACUGUUGGAGGCCUCGGAGAACUAUUCUGGAGGUCUUGGCUGACUUCCCUUCAGCUGCAGCUGACCUUGAUCCGUCUUACCUGUUGGAGCUCAUUCCUGCCCUUCAGCCUCGCGCCUUCUCCAUCGCCUCUUCUCUAGCUGCCCACCCAGGCUCUGUCCAGAUCCUGGUGGCUGUCGUGGAGUACCAGACACACCUUCAGGAACCCAGGAAGGGAGUGUGCUCUUCAUGGUUGGCGUCCUUGGAUCCUGGAGCCACUGUCCCAGUGUGGGUGGUGUCUGGCUCCUUCUCCUUCCCCCUACAGCCUCACACCCCUCUGGUCAUGGUGGGACCUGGUACUGGGUGUGCUCCCUUUAGAGCUCUCCUGGAGGAGAGAAACAGUCAAGGAGAGUCAGCUAAUAUGCUGUUCUUUGGUUGUCGGUCAGCCACUGCUGACCAUUUCUUUGCUACGGAGUGGAGUGAGAUGGUAGCUACAGGAAUGCUCACACUCUACACUGCAUUCUCCAGAGACCAGUCUUUCAAGGUAACGCUUAGGCUAGGUUAACAAUGUCGCAUUGCCCCGUCGCACCGUGCCGCAUUGCGAGGAUAGAAUCCAUUUCUAUCUUCGCGGCACGACACGACGUGGCACAGGGCAAUGCGAUGCAUUGUAAACCCAGCCUUAGCUGACUCUGUACAUUGACAUGUUGAGGUGUAUAUAAGCAUGUAUGUGAUUUUUGGUGUACACAUAGGUGUAUGUGCAGCACUGUAUUGAGAGGGAAGGAGGGAAGGUGUGGCAGUGGUUGGAGGGUAGGAAGGCUAGUGUCUUCAUUGCAGGAAAUGCAAAACGGAUGCCGCAAGAUGUGCAGCAAGCUCUGCAGUCAGUGUGUGAGAAGUGGGGAGGUCUGGACCCAACUGAGGCUCGGGCCUACAUGGCCUCCCUCACUGCUUCCUGUAGACUACAGUUAGAGACUUGGAGUUAGCACCUAUAGUACAAUCUGUAUUGAUCUAUGAAUGGAUGAUCUGACAUUGAUAAGUAUAUAAGUAAUCUCAAUCAGUUUCUGCCUCGGUCGCUGCUGCUCCGUUUUGGCGCGACGUUCUGGCUUCUCUAACUUCCUGUAGUAACUGUCUAGCGUCCUGCGUGAGCUGCUCACUUCUGCUCUCCAUUACGCUCAUGUAGUCCGCCAGCUGGUCCAGCUGGCGGUCUAGAGACUCGUAUUCUUGCAAUGCUUCCGACACCUGCUGCUGACUCUCCUGCACUGCUUCCAUCUCCUCUGGU